AACAACCCCUUAAAUCAAAUCCCGGAAAACGACAAAAUAAAAAAGGAAGCAGACUGUCGAAAAUUUCGCUCACACUUUUUCUUUCCCACUCUGCUAUUCGCCUCACGCCGCUCACCUGCCUCGCCCUUUUCCAUUUCUCCUCGCCGGCGCCGAUUCGCUGCUCGGAAUGCGUUUCCUCUUGCUAUUCCUCCUCUUCCGCCUCUCCGCCGCCGCAAGGCCGCCGCGGAUGUCGGAGCAAGGCGCCUUGUUGGCCAUUAAGGCCGCAGUCACCGACGACCCGCAAUCUGCACUUGCUUCGUGGAACGAGACCACCGGCCAUUGCACGUGGAAGGGAGUCACGUGCACUCCGUCCGGCGGGCACGUGAUAGCGCUUGAUGUCUCGAACCUUAGUCUCGCCGGCGUCCUUUCGCCGGAAGUCGGCCAUCUCCGGUUCCUUGUUAACCUCACUGUUGCGGAGAAUUUGUUCUCUGGCCCCGUCCCUCCCCAACUCUCCAACAUCCCUAAUCUAAGGUACCUUAAUCUCUCCAACAAUGUCUUCAACCUCAGUUUCCCGCCGGAGCUCUACCGCCUGAGAAACCUCCAAGUUCUCGACAUUUACAACAACAAUAUGACCGGGGAGAUUCCUUCGCGAGCGUAUUUGCUCACCAAUCUCCGCCACUUGCACAUCGGCGGAAACUUCUUUACAGGUACAAUACCGCCGGAGUUUGGCUCAUUUCCUAACCUAGAGUACCUAGCGGUUUCCGGUAAUGAACUCAACGGCACUAUUCCGCCGGAGAUCGGGAAUUUAACUCGGCUUAAGGAGCUUUACAUCGGAUACUACAAUACUUUCUUCGGUGGAAUACCAAAGGAGAUUGGGAAUUUGUCGCAGUUGAAACGGUUCGACGCUGCUAAUUGUGGACUCUCCGGCGAGAUUCCUCCGGAGAUAGGUAACCUGCAAAAUCUGGACACUCUUUUUCUCCAAGUAAACGGUCUCACCGGCAGACUGCCGCCGCAACUCGGUAACUUGAAGAGCUUGAAAUCAGUAGAUCUGUCGAACAACGUUCUCUCCGGCGAAAUACCGCCGUCGUUUUCAGAGCUGAAAAACAUGACUCUCUUAAAUCUCUUCCGAAACAAGCUCACCGGUUCGAUACCAGAUUUCAUCGGCGAGUUGCCGGAGCUCCAGGUUUUGCAGCUGUGGGAGAACAAUUUCACCGGAAUUAUUCCUCAGAGUUUGGGAACAAAUGGAAAGCUCCGCGAAAUCGACGUCAGUUCAAACAAACUCACCGGAAAUUUACCCCCAAAUCUGUGCUCCGGCAAUAGCCUCCAGACACUGAUUACUCUCGAGAACUUCCUGUUAGGUCCGAUUCCCGAAUCGCUCGGCAACUGUAAAUCUCUGGCUCGGAUUCGAAUGGGGGAUAAUUAUCUAAACGGAUCUAUUCCUAAAGGAUUACUGAGUUUGCCUAACCUAAGUCAAGUCGAGCUUCAGGAUAAUCUCUUAUCCGGUCCUUUUCCGGCGAGCGACGAACUAUCGACGACGCUCGGCCAAAUCAGCCUCUCCAACAACCAUCUAACCGGACCGUUGCCGCCGAGCAUCGGAAACUUCGCCGGGGUCCAGAAGCUUUUGCUCGACGGCAACAAAUUUUCCGGCAGGAUUCCGUCUCAAAUCGGCAAAUUACAGCAGCUAUCGAAGAUGGAUUUAAGCCACAACGAGUUAUCAGGUCCGCUUUCGCCGGAGAUGAGCCAGUGCAGUCUCCUCACAUUCGUUGACCUCAGCCGGAAUCAGCUCUCCGGCGAAAUUCCGGCGGAGAUUACUGGUAUGAGGAUUCUUAACUAUUUGAACUUGUCGAGAAAUCAUUUAUCCGGUAGCAUUCCAUCUUCCAUUGCUAGUAUGCAGAGCUUAACAUCUGUAGAUUUUUCUUAUAACAAUCUGUCCGGAAUGGUUCCCGGCACCGGGCAGUUCAGCUAUUUCAAUUACACUUCAUUUUUGGGCAAUCCCAAUCUUUGUGGCCCUUAUUUAGGGCCCUGCCGGGAGGGAAUCUCAGGCGGGGCUGAAAGGCCUCACGAGAAAUCCAGAACACUCUCUCCAUCUAUGAAGCUUUUGCUCGUAAUUGUCUUGCUUGUUUGUUCGAUUGUCUUUGCUGUUGCUGCCAUUGUUAAGGCUCGGGCUCUGAAAAGGGCGAGCGAAGCUCGAUCGUGGAAGCUUACUGCGUUCCAACGGUUGGAGUUUACGUGCGACGACGUGCUCGAUUGUCUGAAAGAGGACAACAUUAUUGGUAAAGGAGGCGCCGGGAUAGUGUACAAGGGAUUGAUGCCGAAUGGGGAGCUCGUGGCAGUGAAAAGGCUGCCUGGGAUGAGUCGUGGUGGCUCGUCGCACGAUCACGGCUUCAACGCGGAGAUACAGACACUCGGGAGGAUCAGGCACCGGCACAUUGUUCGAUUGUUGGGAUUUUGUUCGAAUAAUGAGACAAAUCUGUUGGUUUACGAGUACAUGCCGAACGGGAGCUUAGGCGAAAUGCUGCACGGGAAGAAAGGCGGGCAUUUGGUUUGGGACACGCGGUAUAAGAUCGCAGUCGAUGCCGCAAAAGGACUCUGCUAUCUCCACCACGACUGCUCGCCGUUGAUCGUUCACCGCGACGUGAAAUCGAACAAUAUCCUCCUCGACUCCAGCUUCGAGGCUCAUGUUGCCGACUUCGGGCUCGCCAAGUUCUUGCAGGACUCAGGAGCAUCCGAGUGCAUGUCCGCCAUCGCCGGUUCUUACGGCUACAUCGCGCCCGAAUAUGCGUACACGCUGAAGGUGGACGAGAAGAGUGACGUAUACAGCUUUGGCGUGGUACUUUUAGAACUAGUCGCCGGGAGGAAACCGGUCGGGGAGUUCGGCGACGGUGUUGACAUAGUCCAAUGGGUUCGAAAAUUAACCAACGGCAGCAAAGAUAACGUCCUCAAGAUCAUCGAUCCGAGGCUUCAGACCGUGCCAAUCCACGAGGUGAUGCACGUGUUCUACGUCGCAAUGCUUUGCGUUGAAGAACAGGCGGUCUCACGCCCGACAAUGCGUGAAGUCGUGCAAAUGCUAACCGAGCUUCCGAAGCCUCCGGGGUCGAAACCGGAUGGACCCGAUAAAGCCUCGGAGUCGGUGUCGGCGACUCCCGCCGCCGACACCGAUGGGCCUCCGCCGGACCUUCUUAGCAUCUAAGAGGGUCAAGAACUUGCUAAGGUACAUACUACUAAACUAGUGUAUUUUCUUACUUAUGAAUUCGAUUAUAUGUGUGUUUGAUUAAGGUAUUGUUAGUUAUUAAGGUUUGGAAAUUAUUAAGGCUUGCAAUGCAUGCAAUGCAGCAGCAGGCAGGGGCCUGUGUUGCAGUAGUAGUAAGUUGUAGGGAAUUGUCUUGUUUUAUUGUUCUUUGUCUGGAAACUGGGAUUGACCAUGUUUUUAUUGGAAUUUGUGGGGUUUUCUCGA